GAGCCCACUGAAAAGCCCAUUUAGUUACGGGCCCAUUAUUUCGAUGGUUAAGAGAGAGCUUUCUCGUCUAUUGUGAUGUCCUCACAGAAACCCUAAGAGAACCGAGUUCCGUCUUCAUUUGCUCUUCCUAUUAUCUCCCGCGAGAAUGGCGUCGUUUGAUGAAGCACCACCAGGGAACCCCAAGGCCGGUGAGAAGAUCUUCAGGACCAAGUGCGCUCAGUGUCACACCGUCGACAAAGGCGCCGGUCACAAACAAGGACCAAACCUAAACGGUCUGUUUGGAAGGCAGUCUGGAACAACAGCUGGUUACUCUUACUCUGCUGCUAACAAGAACAAAGCUGUUGAAUGGGAAGAGAAGACCUUGUACGAUUACUUGCUCAACCCCAAGAAGUACAUUCCUGGAACUAAGAUGGUCUUCCCUGGGCUUAAGAAGCCACAAGAACGCGCUGAUCUCAUCGCCUACUUGAAGGAAGCUACUGCUUAGUGAAAUCAACCAACCAACCAAUGGUGGUGUGGGACAUCAUGAAUUAUUAUUCUUUUGACAAAUAAAAUCUCCAAACUCUUUUUUUGUUUUGCUUUUGGAAAUUUUCUCAUAUUUAUUUAUAUACGUUUUGGCUGGAACUUGGCUGUUUGAGUACCCAAAUGUACUCCGAAUACUUUCAUUUUCUAAGGUUCACUUAUAUAAGUAAGUGCAUCUAUCUAGAAUAAACACGUUUCUUUUCUA